UGUGACCGCCGCCAACUUCCGGGUCAACUUUCCAUGCGAAAUUGACUGUCAGCACAGUUAUCAUCUCGUAAUGAGGCAAAUGUAGUUAUUUGACAAGUGUGUAAAGUACUCCAUUCAUAUUUUGUUUCUAAAGUUUAAAACAGUUUCUUCGAUUUAUGCAAGAUGGUGUUUUACUUCACGAGUGCCGUUGUUACACCUCCCUACACUAUCUACAUGGGGAAAGACAAAUAUGAAAAUGAAGAUCUCAUCAAAUAUGGAUGGCCUGAAGACAUUUGGUUUCAUGUGGAUAAACUCUCUUCUGCCCAUGUGUACCUGCGAAUGCCUAAGGGACUGACAAUAGAGGAUAUUCCCAAGGAAGUCUUGAUUGACUGUGCACAGCUUGUGAAAAACAACAGCAUCCAAGGUUGUAAAAUGAACAACAUCAAUGUUGUCUACACACCAUGGGCUAACCUAAAGAAAACAGGAGACAUGGAUGUAGGCCAAAUAGGUUUCCAUCGACACAAGGAGGUGAAGGUCGUGGCAGUAGAGAAAAAGGUCAAUGAGAUAGUGAACAGGGUGGAGAAAACAAAGGACGAGCGAUACCCUGAUCUAGCAGCAGAGAAAGAGUCUCGAGACAGGGAGGAGAGAAACGAGAAGAAGGCCCAGAUACAAGAUCUGAAAAAGAAAGAGAAAGAUGACGUAAAAAAGAAAAGAGAGCUGGAGGAGCUCAAAAGUUAUUCUUCGCUGAUGACGAGUGACAAUAUGACAACAAAUGAGGACGGAAAUGAUUCGGAUGACUUCAUGUAAAAGGAGAAUAUGGGACAUCGGAGAGACACCAUCCCCUGAAAUUAAAAAUUGUUGGAUUGCACUGUUAUACACACUGUUAUACCGGACAGUGCUUUGACAUUGUGUGUAUAGAUCGAUAAACUUGCUACUGUAUUUUUGGAACAGUACUCGUGCCAAUUAUGCACAAUUUCAGGACCAUAGUGAUCUGCUUGUUUUCCCUGUGCUUCUUGAAUUUCAAAGGAAAAAUUCAAACAUCAUUGGUAUCUUGUACUUUACAUCCUCUGCUUGACUGACGAGGGUAACGGCAAUUCCAGAUUCCUCAGACAAGUGCUGUCAAGGAUUUAGUCUUGGGACUGCUAUUCCUUACACGCUGUAUGAUCUAAUUCAGAAUUGGUGCAUGUUGACCUAAUGAUAUGAAUGAAUAUAUGAUCUCUUGACCAGUAUGUCUAGCUAUGGGUGAAAUUAAUAUGUACUUUACAUCUAUUAUAAUUUACCUGGCAGAUGGUGCAGACUUUGUCCUGCCCAGAGACUGGAGCCUAGUAAUUGUGUCCCCAUGAGGCCAUGCAAAAUAAGUUUUAUCUUGAAUGUUUCUUUGUAAUAGCCCGAAAGAGCGCUGAUGUUAUUAAUAAAAUUCCCCUUGUUUAUCCA